AGGGCGCGAGACAGAUAAACAGAGAGACACGCAGAACUUCAGUGGAGGGACAGAGGAGGAGACAGCAACAAAUCCAGGAACAUUUAUACACGUGACUCCUCAAAACCUGGCACGAGUAUGUCUGUGAACUCUCCCAGUAGCAGCGAUGCAUGUUUGAGCAUCGUUCACAGUCUGAUGUGCCACCGGCAGGGUGGCGAGAACGAGGGCUUUGCCAAGCGUGCCAUCGAGAGCCUUGUGAAGAAACUAAAAGAGAAGAAGGACGAGCUUGAUUCUCUUAUAACCGCCAUCACCACUAACGGUGUCCACCCCAGCAAAUGUGUCACCAUCCAGAGGACGCUGGACGGCAGGCUGCAGGUAGCAGGGCGAAAAGGCUUUCCUCAUGUCAUCUAUGCUCGACUGUGGCGUUGGCCAGACCUCCACAAAAACGAGCUCAAACAUGUCAAGUUCUGCCAGUAUGCCUUCGAUCUCAAGUACGACAAUGUAUGUGUCAACCCCUAUCACUAUGAACGGGUGGUGUCUCCAGGCAUCGUUGGACUAAGCUUACAGACCACAGCCAGGCCGAUAAAGGAAGAGUAUAUCCAUGACUGUAUCCAGAUGGACGGUCCACCCAGAAUGCCCCCCCAGCAGGACCAUCAUGCCCCAGAGCACUACAGCCAACAGCUACCCCCACUCCAACUGCCCCCAGAGCCCCAUCGUCAUGCCCCUCCAUCAGUAACCCUCUACCCCAGCCUGCCCCUUUCACCACCUUCAAGCAGCUCCAGAAUGUCCCUGCAAGGUAGCCAUUCAGAGGGCCUACUGCAGAUCGCCUCUGCUCAAAGCAGGGCUUUGGCAUCCUGUUCUCCCCCCACCACUCCUACACACACACCAACAAAAACAACAACAACACACAGCCAGACCUCAGGCCAGCAACCUGAUGCAGAUCGCUGCAGUCAGGGUGAUUACGGCACCUCCAAACAGACCCAGGCACAGACCUCCUACCACACAACAACUUGGACAGGCACGAGCACUGCCUCCUACACACCUAUGGGGUCCCAGCAGAAUGGGCGGAGUCACCAGCAGGGUCCUCCCCACCACACUGGUCAUUUCUGGUCUCAACAUCACACUCCCACCUCCUACCCUCAGCCAGUCUCCAACCAUCCAGGUCCAGAGUUCUGGUGCUCAAUCUCAUACUUUGAGAUGGAUAUCCAGGUGGGGGAGAUGUUUAAGGUCCUGGCUAACUGCCCGCUGGUAACUAUAGAUGGCUAUGUGGAUCCAUCUGGAGGAGACCGCUUCUGUCUGGGGCAACUGAGUAAUGUGCAUCGCACAGAUGCCAGUGAGAGAGCACGGCUCCAUAUUGGUAAAGGUGUGCAGCUAGAGUGUCGUGGAGAGGGAGAUGUGUGGAUGCGAUGUCUCAGUGACCAUGCUGUCUUUGUACAGAGCUACUAUCUGGACAGGGAGGCAGGAAGAGCACCAGGGGAUGCUGUGCACAAAAUCUACCCAGGAGCUUAUGUCAAAGUCUUUGACCUGCGUCAAUGCCAUAGGCAAAUGCAGCAGCAAGCAGCAACUGCACAGGCAGCUGCAGCUGCACAGGCUGCAGCAGUGGCCGGAAAUAUUCCAGGACCCGGCAGUGUGGGGGGCAUCGCCCCUGCCAUCGGUUUCUCUGCUGCAGCGGGCAUAGGAGUUGAUGAUUUGCGUCGACUGUGUAUAUUGCGUCUGAGCUUUGUGAAGGGCUGGGGCCCGGAUUACCCACGCCAGAGCAUCAAACAAACCCCAUGCUGGAUAGAGGUGCAUCUCCACCGGGCAUUGCAGCUGCUGGAUGAGGUGCUACACACCAUGCCCCUCGCUGAGCCCAGCCCUGCCAACUGACCUGGUAACAGAGCUUAAUCAAACACAGCAUCUCACAAGAAUCCACAACAGGGAACUAUGGAGGAGAGAUGGAGAGAUGAUGAUAUGCUCCAUAGCUUCUCCCACAUACACAGCAUGCCCACGUGAACAGACAGUGACUCAUGGAAGGAGGCAGACACUUACACAAGCUUUCCGUUGCCAUGGCCAGCAGACUGAGGGGACCUCUGCGCUGACCAGUGUAUAGUCCAAUCAUAAGACUGUUGACUCACAUGGAAAUAAAGACCAGAGAAAGAUGGCACAAGUGAACAGGAGGCCCUGGAAUUGGUGAAGAGUUGAGCAACGCUCGCUUCAAGAGAAAUCUGCGUGUAGUCCUAAAAAGAACUAACGUGUCCUGUUAUUCCUGGCCCAGGAUAUGAUAUGAAACGCUGAUUUAUUCUGUAAGAGCAGUGAUACCACAAACACCAAACUUGGCUAAAUGUAGGUAAUGGACAGACAAUCAUUUUAAACUUUUUGUUACAAUGUGUUUUUGUAACCCUGGGGUAGUAUUUUAGCCAAAAGGUUUUUGUAAAACCAAACCAAAGCACUAAAUCCUAAAUAAUUCGAGCAAAUUAUUUCAUUGUUUGUAAUCCUAGUGAUGUAUUUAUAGCAUUUUAUAUGCUGCAAUACCAAAAAGGUAGCUUCUUUCGAGUGAAUAGAAAAUGGCAACCCUGAGUAAGCAAAGCACAAGGAUUUCCUCAUGUUUUCCUCAACUUGUCUUACGCAUUAUGUGUGAGAUCUUUGAUUACUUCUGAGAGUAGAGUAUGCGGCACCUCAUUUCAUGCUGCAACCUUUUCUUAUCAUGAAGACUGUCUGUUUUACAGUAACUUUUAGGUGUUUCUUUCUGUUCCACCCCUCCUCCAACUUUUUGUGCCUUAUUACCAAUGAAUACACGCUGUACCUUUUUUUUUUCUUUCUUUUUUUUUCUUUUCUUUUCUCUUAAAUAUAAAUCUAUGCAAAAUCA